AUGGAGGUAUGCCUGGGAAGGGCCGAGGCGGACCUCGACCUCGACCAUGACCGCCACCGCCAGCAACAGCUCCAACAACAGCAGCACGAGCAUCAACAACAAGAACAGCAAAAACUCCGCCAACUCAAACGUCAAUCUCUCCCCGCCCGACCGCACGCCGCAGCCCGACACACAAAACGUCUAACGUUGAACUUCCCCAUCAACAUUCCCCCAGCGGGACUCGGCACCAACACCGCACCAGCCUCCGCCGUCGAACCAAAUCCCAUCCCAACCCCCAUGACCCCCUUCUCGCAGAUGACAUCCACGACGAGUCCUGCUCUCGGAACCCCCCUGCCCCUAGAUACGCAGCAGCAGGCAGACGAUAGCACGAACCUGCUGACGGCGAUUGCAUCACAGGAGCGGAAGGUGCUCGAGCUACGGGAGGAGCUACAACGGGCGGAGACGGAGCUCUCCACGUUAAAGAAACAAUGGACGUUAUCGGAGAAGUCCAAGAAACGUACGGAAAUCAGCCAUCAUGCCGAACCGUUAAUAUCGCUGCGGUCCCCCGUUGAGAGUGUUGGUGGAGAGGAGCGCGAGUCGCUGCUGCAACAGCAUCGCAAGGAGUCGGCCGCUGCGGAUAUUGUGCAGUCGCAGCAGCGCACAAGGGAGUUGGAAAGGAGGAGAAGUAUGCGUGUUGCUCCUGCUCCGGGAACGACGAUAUCGGCGAAUGGGCGACGGGUGUUUCAAGGCUCGCAUACGAGGACGUUGUCGUUGGUUUCUGCGUCGACGGAUUCUGGGUUUAGUAGUGGUAAGAUAUCGCUAUCUGGAAAGUCGAUCGAGAACGAGGUUGUGGGGAGGACGCCGCGGUCUGCGACGCUGCCUUCAUCGAUUGAGCGGAGUGCAAAUCAUGGGGCUUUUGUGCCGACAGAGGAUAUGAUUACGGAGUGGCGGACUAACAUGCCGGCUUCGUCUCGGGCCUCGCUUGUGCAUACGGGGAAGCAGAUGGCUUCGGAUCUGCGGGAGGGUUUGUGGACGUUUUUGGAGGAUAUUCGGCAAGCUACCGUGGGUGAGGAGGGGAUUAAUGCUACAGAGGUGAGAGGGAUGUCGCCGUCAGGCAUAUCCCGCAAGCGAGAUUCGACGUCGACCUCGACAUCGCGGAGCAGCAGAGAUCGGUUGUCUGUGCAUGGGGGAGCAACGUUAUCGCGGACUGCGUCGUCAUCGUCGCGGAGUAAGGGAGCGGGAGCUGAGAGAAUUUCUGGUAAAGACACUAAAUCGACCGACAUCGAUUCGUCGUUUUGGAGUGAAUUCGGCAUUGAUACACCUGGGCAGAAGUCCCCGAACGCUCACGGACCCUCAAAACCCCGGCCAAACGAACAGCAAAGCAACAACAGCAACAAUCUCGAGGUCUACGAUGAUGAUUGGGAUGUCUGGGAGGCUAGUCCUCAGCAGCCGAACAAGACGCACACCCCUUCCUCGAGCCGAUCUACGCUGGAAUCGAAACAUGACCAGUCUCCGAGAUCCCAGGCUAGCAGUCCGCGGACGAGUACUAGUUUCGGAGACUGGCGUCCAAUUAGCCAGGGCGACUCUGUCCCGGACCCCAGUGUUUCUGAUGGCAUUCCGUGGCCUGCAAUUACCAAGAUGGCACCGUCUAAGCUGAACCGCACCGCGUCGAGUCUCAUGACCGAAUGGGAACGAAGCCUCUCUCCUGAUAGGACCCCGGCUAGUCCUACUCUUUCCGAGAAGGAGAAUAAGGCAGACUAA